AUUCGACGUCAUUUUUUCCUCUUUUGCUGACUUUUGGAGUCUCAGAUAAUCCAUUAAAACCUCUUGUGCAAUCUGAAACAAAAGCAGCAACAAAGAUUUCAUUGACUGCCCUUUUGUCCCUACUUUCUGCUAAAGCUUAUUCUUUGAAGUUCAUCGAUCCUGAUUUGCACAGUUGUUGAUGAAAACGGAGGUGUCAUAACCUAAAUUUAGAAGCACAGAAAAUGAGAGACCCUGAUUUGGUCAUUUGUGUUAAGCGAGCUGUUAUUUUGAUUUUAUCAUUGCUAGUUGUGUAGGUUGUAGAAUAGAUUUGUGUACAUAAGAAAAUAGCUGAUUUUCCUUUUUCUUCUACUUGUAAAAUUGUCCCGUGUAUCCGAGUGAUCUUCAUAGCUCGGAGAGUCAUUGCAUAUAAGAAAACUGGCGAUUUUGUGUGGCAUUUUGUAUAGAGUCCUGGCUGGUGGCAGAUAUUAUUACUGCCUAAAUCACUGCUACACAUGGUUCUGCUAGCAAUGGGUGGUAGAUGGAAUAUUUAUGGAUUCAAGUUAUCAUAUCUUGCACUUCUGAUUAUUCUUUAUGAUGUUCACGGGUGUAGGUCACUCAAUUCUGAAGGAUUGGCAUUGUUGGGACUACGAUCUAAAGUGGAUUGUGAUCCAUAUGGAGUUCUUGCAAACUGGAAUCCUGAUCACUGUGACCCAUGCAUGUGGUCUGGAGUACAGUGUCUGGCAGGCAAAGUGCAAAUGUUGGAUCUCCAUGGAUAUUCUUUGGAAGGCACACUGGCACCAGAGCUUGGAAAUCUCACUCACUUAAGAUCAAUUGUGCUGUCAGAAAACAAUUUUUUUGGUGCCAUUCCAAAAGAAUUUGGACGACUUCGAAGGUUGGAAGUUCUUGAUGUGAGUGAUAAUAAUUUGAGUGGGAGAAUUCCAGCAGAAAUAGGUGACCUGCGUUCGCUAAGAAGCUUGUUGAUUCGUAACAACAACUUGGAAGGAACAAUUCCAUUUGAAAUUGGGAAGCUUCAUUUGCUCUCCAAAUUGCAAUUUGACGAAGCACUCAUCCCUGUUGCCGGUGGAACAUGCUGUGUAAAUAGAAAAUUUGCAUACUGCAUCUGUCAUGGCAGUCUGAUACCAACAACGACCGUAGACUCCUUUAUCAGACCACUUAAAGGGACACUUCUGCGUUAUCUGACUCUGUUCUGCAGACAGCUUGGGAGUGGCUCAUUGGAUAAUCAGACAGAGUAUUCCUCUGACAACCUACCAAGUUCAUCUAGGCCUCACAUCAUCCAUACGGUUCAGAACCAGGCAAAUAUCGCACGCCGCAAGUUAGUUGAACAAUCCAGUAACCUUGCUGCUGUUCCUGCCAAUGGUGGGAAACCUUUGGGUCCUGUUGUUUCAGUGCCAAGCACCAGAAGUAGUGGGUCAUUUCAUGCUGUGCCAAAUACCCAAGGAAUACCUCCUACCCCCUUACCCGCCUCACAUCAGCAGCCUGAGUCUCAAUCCAAACCAAAUCCAAGGGGACAGUCCAGUACUGUUGUUAAACAGCCAGCUAAUAGACAGGCUUCACCUGCCCAAAAAUAUGGAGAUACAUGGAAGUAUAUAGUUGGGGUUUUUGGGGUUUUUCUUCUCAUUGCUGCUGCAACCAUGUUCUUAGUUUGCAGAAGCAGAGCUGCAAGAACAAUAGGCCCUUGGAAGACUGGGUUAAGUGGACAGCUGCAAAAAGCAUUUGUCACAGGGGUCCCUAAGCUUAACAGGUCUGAGCUUGAAACAGCAUGUGAGGAUUUUAGCAAUAUAAUUAGUAGUCAUGAUGCAUAUAUAAUCUACAAAGGAACUCUGUCUAGUGGAGUAGAGAUUGCUGUUGCCUCGACUACUCUAACUUCACUCAAAGAUUGGUCUGAGAGUUCAGAAAUGGCCUUCAGGAAGAAGAUUGAUACACUUUCAAGAGUGAACCACAAAAAUUUUGUUAAUCUUAUUGGAUACUGUGAGGAGGAUGAACCUUUCACUAGGAUGAUGGUCUUUGAGUAUGCUCCAAAUGGAACUCUUUCUGAGCAUCUGCAUGUUAAAGGAACCGAUCCUCUUGACUGGUCUGCAAGGAUGAGAGCCAUAAUGGGGACAGCGUAUUGCCUUCAGUACAUGCAUGAUCUGAAUCCUUCGGUGCCCCAUUCCAGCUUGAAUUCAAAUGCCAUAUUUUUGACUGACGAUUAUGCUGCUAAGAUUACAGAGAUUGGUUUCUGGUCAGAACUAAUAGCCAAGUCUAAGUACUCGAGGGAUGAUUUAGAAAAUUCUGAGCUGCCGGCACUUGCUGAUCCUGAAACAAAUAUCUAUAGUUUUGGGAUUCUGUUACUAGAAAUAAUUUCUGGAAAGUCGCCUUAUUCUGAAGAACAAGGAUCUCUUCUGAACUGGGCGGAGCAAUACCUUAAAGAUAAGAUGAAUGUGAGCUCCUUGGUUGACCCAACACUCAAGUCUUUCAAAAAUAAUGAGCUUAUGGUUAUCUGUGUGGUAAUUGAAGAAUGCCUUCAAGAAAAUAUAAGGAAGAGACCAACGAUAGGCGAAGUCAUCGCAAAAUUAAGGGAAGCAAUUGAUAUAUCGCCUGAUGCUGCAGUUCCCAGACUUUCUCCCCUCUGGUGGGCUGAACUCGAGCUCUUGUCUUCUGAUGCAGCUUAGCCUGAUUUGUUUGUCUACUUUGCAAGUUGAGUAUUGCUUUGCUAUGUAUAAAUACACCAAAUAUAAUUGGUUUCUCCUCAGACUCAACCCCUUACAUACCUAAUAUUUUUCUGUUUCCCCACUAUUCCUCUAUAUUCUCAAAAUUUGUUGGUUCAUUCUUUCAUAUUUUUCGUCGUCUCUGUAACAAAUCCAGUUAUACUCCUUUCCUUGGUGGGAUAUUCUACAGUCUUUGCCCAUUUGUGAUCAAGAGUUUGGUUUGUACAAGCAAAAUUUGAACUUGGCGUUCAAUAUUUCACAUGUGUUAAUCUCGAAGCAAAGAGAUCUUAUAUAUUUUUUCUUGAUUUCCA